AUGACUACUAAAAGUACGAUGAGCUCAGAGGAUGAUAUUCAAGAAUACGUGUACGAGGAACCUCCUACGUACCGUAAAGUUGUUUAUGACGUUUUUUUAUGGCUCUUGAGCAACAUUUUCGACUGUUUCUUUCGCGAAGUCCGCAGUAGAGGCAGGUACAAGGUUCCCACCCAAGGACCUGUUAUUUUUGUUGCAGCUCCACACGCCAACCAGUUUAUCGACCCCAUUAUUUUGAUGGGACAAGUCAAAAAUGCCGUCAACAAGCGUGUAUCGUUUCUAGUCGCCGAAAAAUCACUCAAGAGAAAAGCCAUAGGUACUUUUGCUCGUUGCGCCAUGUCAAUUGGCGUUGGAAGGGCCCAAGAUAAUUUGAAACCGGCGGUAGGUAAAAUUAAGGCCAGUGACGAUAACCCUAGAAAAAUUAUCGGCGUUGGCACCAAAUUCUCGCAAGAGUUCGAGUCACAGGGCUUGAUAGGUCUUCCUAAGUCUUUGGGCAAUGCCGUGAUCGAGUCCAUUGAGAGCGACACAGUGUUAUACCUUCGGAAAGAAUUCAAGCUCAGCAAGCCAGAAGUCAAACAGCUUCUAGACAGAGGUACCAGUUACAAAUACGCUCCUCGGGUAAACCAAAAGAAAGUCUAUCAUCGUGUCUUUGAGCAUUUAGCUCACGACCAGUGCGUUGGAAUUUUCCCCGAGGGCGGAUCUCAUGACAGAACAGACCUACUCCCUUUAAAGGCUGGUGUUGCCAUCAUGGCUUUAGGAUGCAUGGGAAAACAUCCUGAAAUUAACGUGCAAAUUGUACCUUGUGGUAUGAAUUACUUCCACCCUCACAAGUUCAGAUCUAGAGCGGUGGUCGAGUUUGGUAACCCUAUUGUCAUUCCUCCGGAACUCGUCCAAAAAUACCAGAAUCCUGAGACCAAUAGAGAUGCCGUAAAAGAGCUCUUGGAAACUAUAUCUGAUGGCUUAAAGGCCGUUACAGUGACUUGCCCCGACUAUGAAACCUUAAUGGUCGUGCAGGCAGCUAGAAGAUUAUACGCUGGUCACCUUUCCGCCAAAUUGCCACUUUCCUUGGUAAUUGAGAUGAACAGACGUUUGGUAAAAGGCUAUCAGAUGUAUCGCGACGACCCCAGAAUUAUGCAAUUAAAGGAAGAUGUUCUGAAGUAUAAUGCCAAUCUCAGCAACUUCAAUAUACCGGACCAUCAAGUUGAAUCUGCGAAAAUCAAUUUCGCGAAGAAUCUCGGUCUACUCGUAAUCAGAUCACUUCGUCUUUCUGUCUCGCUUAUUUUGGCGUUGCCUGGCAUUAUUAUGUUCUCACCUGUGUUUAUUGUCGCCAAAAUUAUCUCGAGACAAAAGGCCUCUCAAGCGCUGGCAGCUUCUACUGUGAAGAUUAAGGCCAAAGAUGUAAUUGCUACCUGGAAAAUUCUCAUAGGAAUGGGUCUUGCUCCGCUACUGUACACCGUUUGGUCAAUGCUAUUGACAUAUUACUUCAGACAUUCCAUUACAAAGAACAAGUUCGUCAGCUUCAUUGGAAUAUACAUUCUUUGUGUCAUUGUGACUUACUCGGCGCUGAUUAUUGGAGACAAUGGUAUGGACGUGUUCAAGUCUUUGAGACCAUUGUACUUGUCAAUAACAACUCCUGGAACACUCAAAAACCUGCAGACUGAAAGGAAGGUUUUGGAAGAGAAGAUUACGGAAAUGGUCAAUACCUUAGGACCAGAGCUCUAUCCAGGGUUUGACGGUGUUAGUCUAUAUGACAAAUACAGACAUGGACAAAUCGCUACAGAUGAGGACGAGGAUAGAAUUACCACCGAAUUGAGAAGAAGAAAACAACUUAGAAAGCGUAAAGAACGCGGCAAACAAACAUUCAGACACGGGACAGAGACAGAGGGCGAGAGUGAUGCUAUAUCGAUGAUUAAUAGUGACAACUCCUUGUCAAAUAUCCCAUUGUUUUCUAAUAACGGAAAUAGAUCCGGUUCUGUAUCUUCAUUGACUUCAUUGAGUUCGGGAUUCGAGGUCGUUGAAGAUAUGACCAGAACGAACGAAUUAAGCAGUAAGAUCGCCCACGCAGUGCGUGAGAAAAGAGAAUAG